UUUUAAAAUGCAAGUUGUGAAAGUCCUUUGGGCUUUUCUUUGGAUCCUUCCUCAGGCCCUGGCAACGGAUUUAUGCGCAGGACAAUCGUUUGGAUCGAGAGCAGUCGACCUCGAAGAUCCCCAGUCGUAUUACCUCUGCUUAGGUUUUUUCGGCCAUAUAAAAAAAACAUGCGAAAACGGAUAUUUGUUUGAUAGUCAAACGCAGGGAUGUAUAAUUAAUAACCAGACAAGCCUAAAAAAGCUUCAAAGCCCAAAAAAGAAUGCGGAUAAAAACGAAGUUAGCAUCACACAAAAUGUGAACGUGGACAGACCACUAAUAUUUAACAUCUUUGGAAACUUCAACUUUUUUGCGAGUUUAUGGGGCGGCUCCGAGAAAACGACUCCCUUGCCACCGAAAACCAGCCAAAUUUCUCAACUGCACUUAAUUGGAGCUCAGGAAAUUGACCCGUUGUCUUCCAAAAACGCAACAUCAACUCCAUGGCCCCCAGAUGGUUCACAAGCUGUACAUUUCACACAGGAAACUAGCUCCAAAAAAUCUUUCUUCACUAUAUUAUCGUCGAAUCCUGCUAAAUCGAAAAACACUGGAAAUCGGUUGCCUACAGAAGUUUCCUUAGUAGGAAGCUUUGGCUCGGAAAGCCCCGUGUCUACGAAAUCUUCAACAAGUUCUAAAAUUCCCUCAAGCUCAAUCUAUCCAGAAUCAUCAACAAGCGUGACGGACGGUUCAUCCUCAGCAGCAGAAAGUUCCACGCAAUCAAGUAGCUCAAACUCGGAAAGUAGCUCGUCUACAGAAGGUUUCGUAGAAAAUCUAAUCUCAAUCUCGAAAAGUGCUUUCUCUACAGAAUCAUCAAUUGAGAUAGAUUUAAGUUCAGAGAGUUAUCCAAAAGUAAAAAGUGUCAGUUCUGAAAACCCCUUGUCUAAGAAAUCAUCAACGGAAGCCGUAGAUGAGUUUUCGUCAUCAAAAUCUUUACUAGGAAGUUCAAAGCUGGAAAGUGAGUUGUUCACAGGACCCUCAUCAGACAGUUCUAAGCAAGAUAAAAAAUCAAUAUCUGAAAAUCCGUUAUCCUCAACUACAGCAUCAUCAAAAGAGUCUUCAGUAGAAAAUUCAACACAAGAUAGUGGAUCAACCUCUGAAAAUUCGUUGUCCACAGAAUCUGCAUUGGAAAGUUCGACGCCAGGUGGUGGGUCUACCUCUGAAAGUCCGUUGUCCACAGAAUCUUCAUUAGAAAGCUCGACGCCAGAUAUUGAAACAAGCUCUGAAAGUUCGUUGUCCACAGAAUCAUCAUCAGACAAGUCUACGCCAGAUAAUGAAUCAACCUCUGAAAAUCCGUCGACCACAGAAUCAUUCGUAGAAAGUUCGACACCAGGUAUUGAAACAACCUCUGAAAGUUCGUUAUCCACAGAAUCAUCAGCAGACUCUUCAUCAGAAAGUCCGUUGUCCACAGAGCCUGCAUUGGGAAGUUCGACACCAAAUGGUGGGUCAACCUCCGAAAAUCCGUUGUCCACAGAAUUUUCAUUGGAUAAUUCGACGCCGAACGGUGGGUCAACCUCUGAAAGUCCGUUGUCCACAGAAUCAUCAGCAGAGUCUUCAUCAGAAAGUCCGUUGUCCACAGAGUCUGCAUUGGAAAGUUCGACACCAAAUGGUGGGUCAACCUCCGAAAAUCCGUUGUCCACAGAAUCCUCAUUGGAUAGUUCGACUCUGGAUGGUGGGUCAACCUCUGAAAGUCCGUUGUCCACAGAGUCUGCAUUGGAAAGUUCGACACCAAAUGGUGGGUCAACCUCUGAAAGUCCGUUGUCCACAGAAUCUUUAACAGGAAGUUCGACGCCAGAGUCUUCAUCAGAAAGUCCGUUGUCCACAGAUUCUGCAUUGGAAAGUUCGACGCCAAAUGGUGGGUCAACCUCUGAAAAUCCCUUGUCCACCGAAUCAGCACUGGAAAAUUCGACGCCAGAUCGUGGGUCUUCCUCUGAAAGUCCGUUGUCCACGGAGUCUGCAUUGGAAAGUUCGACACCAAAUGGUGGGUCAACCUCUGAAAGUCCGUUGUCCACAGAAUCCUCAUUGGAUAGUUCGACUCCGGAUGGUGGGUCAACCUCUGAAAGUCCGUUGUCCACAGAAUCUUCAUUGGAUAAUUCGACGCCGGAUGGUGGGUCAACCUCUGAAAGUCCGUUGUCCACAGAAUCUUUAAUAGGAAGUUCGACGCCAGAGUCUUCAUCAGAAAGUCCGUUGUCCACAGAUUCUGCAUUGGAAAGUUCGACGCCAAAUGGUGGGUCAACCUCUGAAAAUCCCUUGUCCACCGAAUCAGCACUGGAAAAUUCGACGCCAGAUCGUGGGUCUUCCUCUGAAAGUCCGUUGUCCACGGAGUCUGCAUUGGAAAGUUCGACACCAAAUGGUGGGUCAACCUCUGAAAGUCCGUUGUCCACAGAAUCCUCAUUGGAUAAUUCGACGCCGGAUGGUGGGUCAACCUCUGAAAGUCCGUUGUUCACAGAAUCUGCAUUGGAAAGUUCGACACCAAAUGGUGGGUCAUCCUCUGAAAGUCCGUUGUCCACAGAAUCUUCAUUGGAUAGUUCGACGCCGGAUGGUAGAUCUACCUCUGAAAGUCCGUUGUCCACAGAGUCUGCAUUAGAAAGCUCGACGCCAGAUAUUGAAACAACCUCUGAAAGUUCGUUGUCCACAGAAUCAUCAUCAGACAAGUCUACGCCAGAUAAUGGAUCAACCUCUGAAAAUCCGUUGAACACAGAAUCUUUUGAAAAAAGUUCGACGCCAGGUAUUGAAACAAGCUCUGAAAGUUUGUUGACCACAGAAUCUGCAUUGGAAAGUUCGACACCAAAUGGUGGGUCAUCCUCUGAAAGUCCGUUGUCCACAGAAUCCUCAUUGGAUAAUUCGACUCCGUUGUCCACAGAAUCCUCAUUGGAUAAUUCGACUCCGGAUGGUGGGUCAACCUCUGAAAGUCCGUUGUCCACAGAGUCUGCAUUGGAAAGUUCGACACCAAAUGGUGGGUCAACCUCUGAAAGUCCGUUGUCCACAGAAUCCUCAUUGGAUAAUUCGACUCCGGAUGGUGGGUCAACCUCUGAAAGUCCGUUGUCCACAGAGUCUGCAUUGGAAAGUUCGACACCAAAUGGUGGGUCAACCUCUGAAAGUCCGUUGUCCACAGAAUCCUCAUUGGAUAAUUCGACGCCGGAUGCAGAGUCUUCAUCAGAAAGUCCGUUGUCCACAGAGUCUGCAUUGGAAAGUUCGACACCAAAUGGUGGGUUAACCUCCGAAAAUCCGUUGUCCACAGAAUCCUCAUUGGAUAGUUCGACUCUGGAUGGUGGGUCAACCUCUGAAAGUCCGUUGUCCACAGAGUCUGCAUUGGAAAGUUCGACACCAAAUGGUGGGUCAACCUCCGAAAAUCCGUUGUCCACAGAAUCCUCAUUGGAUAGUUCGACUCCGGAUGGUGGGUCAACCUCUGAAAGUCCGUUGUCCACAGAGUCUGCAUUGGAAAGUUCGACACCAAAUGGUGGGUCAACCUCUGAAAGUCCGUUGUCCACGGAGUCUGCAUUGGAAAGUUCGACACCAAAUGGUGGGUCAACCUCCGAAAAUCCGUUGUCCACAGAAUCCUCAUUGGAUAGUUCGACUCCGGAUGGUGGGUCAACCUCUGAAAGUCCGUUGUCCACAGAGUCUGCAUUGGAAAGUUCGACACCAAAUGGUGGGUCAACCUCUGAAAAUCCCUUGUCCACCGAAUCAGCACUGGAAAAUUCGACGCCAGACCGUGGGUCUUCCUCUGAAAGUCCGUUGUCCACGGAGUCUGCAUUGGAAAGUUCGACACCAAAUGGUGGGUCAACCUCUGAAAAUCCGUUGUCCACAGAGUCUGCAUUAGAAAGCUCGACGCCAGAUAUUGAAACAACCUCUGAAAGUUCGUUGUCUACAGAAUCAUCAUCAGACAAGUCUACACCAGAUAAAGAAUCAACCUCUGAAAACCCUUUGACCACAGAAUCUUUAAUAGAAAGUUCGACGCCAGGUAUUAAAACAACCUCUGAAAGUUCGUUGUCCACAGAAUCCUCAUUGGAUAGUUCGACGCCGGAUGGUGGGUCAUCCUCUGCAAGUCCGUUGUCCACAGAGUCUGCAUUGGAAAGUUCGACACCAAAUGGUGGAUCAACCUCUGAAAGUCCGUUGUCCACAGAGUCUGCAUUUGAAAGUUCGACGCCAGGUGAUCGGUCAACCUCUGAAAGCCCGUUGACCACAGAGUCUUCAUUGGAAAGUUCGUCUUCAGAUGGUGGGUCAACCUCUAAAAGCCCGUUGACCACAGAGUCUUCAUCAGAAAUUUCGACACAAUGUAGUGGGCCAUCCUCUGAAAAUCCGUUGUCCACAGAAUCUUCAUUAGAAAGCUCGACACCAGAUAGUAAAACAACCACUAAAAGUACGUUGUCCACAGAAUCAUCAGCGGAGUCUUCAUCGGAAAGUACGACGCCAGGUGGCGGGUCAACCUCCAAAAGUCCGUUGUCCACAAGAUCAUCAACAGAAUCUUCAACAGAUAAGUCUUCUCCAGAUAUUGGACGAACCUCUGAAAAUCCGGUGACAACAGAAUCUUCAUCAGAAAAAACCACAGAAUAUAGUACAUCAAUCUCUAAUAACCCGUUAUCCACACAAUCAUCGACAGAGAGUUCGUCGGAUAAGUCGACGCAAGUUAGUGGAUCAAGCUCUAAAAGUCCAUUGACCACAGAAUCAUCAUCAGAUACUUCGACGGAAGAAAGUAGAUCAACCUCUGAAAAUCCGUUAACCACAGAAUCAUCCACAAAACCAUCAUCAAAAAGUUCGACGCAGGGAAGUGUAUCACGCUCUCCUCGCCCGACGUCUACAAUAACAGAUAGCUCCACAGCAAAUAGUAUUUUAAGCUCAGCGAAUCCAUCGACGUUACAACCUUCAACAGGUACCACUUACAUCAAAACGCCGUCCUCAACACCUUCAUCAGCAGAAAGUUCAACGGGAAAAAAUACUUUAAGCACUAAAAGUUCAACGGAGAAUGUCAUCUCAAGUUCACCAUCUACACUAAGUUCUACAAAAAUUACCACCGAGAAGGGCGGAGGAUCCACUGGUAAGCCGUCCACUGUCACCACACCGUGCACCCGAUUCCCAACUCCACGGAGUUCAACAACUACAACUCAAAGAAACAACGUUUGCUUCACUAGAACAGCACCGUGUACCAACGGAAGAAGUCCAAAAAGUUCGACGCAGGGUAAGCUCGGUAGAACAUCAACUUUAGAACACCCUACACGAAGAACUGAAAGUCACCAAGAAGAAAGAACUGAUUGCAGCAACUUGCCCAAUGGAGUCUUCCUGAGGGACGCCCAGUCAUGCAAUAAGUAUUAUGUCUGUCUGAAUGGAAAGCCGAUUCCCGGCCACUGUCCCAGAAACCUGAACUUUGACAUCAAGAGGAAGGUUUGCAAUUUUCCCAGUUUGGUAGAUUGCUCUAUCGAUGAGGUUCUGGAAUCUGUUACGGAACCCUCGAAACCGGAAUCUGCUCCCGACUGCAGGUCACUUAAAAAUGGAGCUUAUGUUCGGGAUCCAAAGUCAUGCAGUAAGUUCUACGUCUGCGCCAAUGGACGGGCUAUAUCUCGACAGUGCCCUAGGGGUCUGCACUUUGACUUGAAGUCAAAUUUUUGCAAUUACCCGAGCCUGGUUCAGUGCUCAAUAGACGAGGUCCAGGCCGAUUUACAUGAGGCAUCACUGGCAGAUGGAGUACCGGAUUGCAGCAAAGUGGAAGAGGAGACAACAUUCGGAGACGUCAAUCAGCAUAAUAGGUAUUAUGUUUGCCUAAAGGGGAAGGCUGUUUUGCACUACUGCAGUCCCGGAAACUGGUUCGAUCUCCGAAGUGGGAAAUGUGUCGAUGAGCGACUGGCUAAGGUGAAAGAACCAAAGCAGCUUUGAAUAUAGGUGACGUGAUCUUUAACCUAGUUUUACGAAUUUGGUGAUGGGGUUUAUUCAUAUAAAAAUAUAAUGGGUGAAUGGGAAAAAUUAGAUGUAUCAUAUUAUCUUAGAGUGGUUACUGACUCAAAAGUUACAAGCAAACUUUAUUACAACCUAGCCAGUUAAAGAGUGAAGUGGAAAUCCUUGAUUUUUCUUCGACUUAUUAAGCAAAUAAAAUACUUACAAACUA